GGGGGGAGGAACAAGGGAAGGGACCCCACAGUGUGUGUGGGGGGGAUGGGAAAGCAAAGGCGAAGGGGUGUCCCCACACGCACCCUUCCACCCUCCAUCAGUCCAUCCAUCUGUCCGUCCAUCCCCCCAUCCAUCUCCCCUGCCGUCCAUCCGUCCAUCCACCCGUCCAUCUCCCCUGCCGUCCAUCCACCCGUCCAUCUCCCCUGCCGUCCAUCCACCCGUCCAUCUCCCCUGCCGUCCAUCUCCCCUGCCGUCCGUCCACCCGUCCAUCUCCCCUGCCGUCCAUCUCCCCUGCCGUCCGUCCACCCGUCCAUCUCCCCUGCCGUCCGUCCACCCGUCCAUCUCCCCUGCCGUCCAUCCACCCGUCCAUCUCCCCUGCCAUCCAUCUCCCCUGCCGUCCAUCCACCCGUCCUUCUCCGCUGCCGUCCAUCUCCCCUGCCGUCCAUCCACCCGUCCAUCUCCCCUGCCGUCCAUCCACCCGUCCUUCUCCGCUGCCGUCCAUCUCCCCUGCCGUCCAUCCACCCGUCCAUCUCCCCUGCCGUCCAUCCACCCGUCCAUCUCCCCUGCCGUCCAUCCACCCAUCCACCCGUCCAUCUCCCCUGCCGUCCAUCCACCCAUCCACCCGUCCAUCUGCCCUGCCGUCCAUCCACCCGUCCAUCUCCCCUGCCGUCCAUCUCCCCUGCCGUCCAUCCACCCGUCCAUCUCCCCUGCCGUCCAUCUCCCCUGCCGUCCAUCCACCCGUCCAUCUCCCCUGCCGUCCAUCCACCCGUCCAUCUGCCCUGCCGUCCAUCCACCCAUCCACCCGUCCAUCUCCCCUGCCGUCCAUCCACCCGUCCAUCUCCCCUGCCAUCCAUCUCCCCUGCCGUCCAUCCACCCGUCCAUCCACCCUGCCGUCCAUCCACCCGUCCAUCUCCCCUGCCGUCCAUCCACCCAUCCACCCGUCCAUCUGCCCUGCCGUCCAUCCACCCGUCCAUCUCCCCUGCCGUCCAUCCACCCGUCCAUCUCCCCUGCCAUCCAUCUCCCCUGCCGUCCAUCCACCCGUCCAUCUCCCCUGCCGUCCAUCCAUCCCCAACACACGUCCGUCCAUCCAUCCUCUGUGUGUCCAGGGAGCCUGGGGCAGCCCACGCUGGACAUGCCCAGGGUAGGGCAGGCUGCAGAGGGGGGAGCAGAUCCUCCCAGCGACUGGUGGGUAACACUGACAUUCGACUCCCCAACCCAUCACACAUGGAGCUCCUGAUCCCCCACCCUGGUUAUCGAGAAGCUGAAAAAAGCAGCCACCCAGCCCCCUUCCCUGCCGUCCCGUUCUCUGGUCCCAACCAGCACCGAGCUCCAGUCCAGGGAGAAGUUAUCUAAAAACUCUGCUCACGCUACCAAAUGUUCUUCUGACCCUGGGGCCAGCCACGUUGCCAGGUCAAUAUAGGUUUGGAUCUUUCCCAAAAUACCAACCUGCCGGCCAGUCCUUUCCUCUGUAAACCUAAAGGUUUAGUAGAAAAGAGAGACCGGGAAGAGCGACGUGAGAUGGUAGAGCCCUCAGAGACGCACGGAGAUUUCCAAGGCCGUAGAUCAGGUUCGUAGCAGUGCCGGUGAGGCUGCUGGCUUGAGAGUCCCCCUGGAGUCACCCGCCGCUGGGAUGGGUCAGUCAGUCCCUUGCUCGGAGCUUCGGUCUGUGGAGAAGUGAGUCCAGAGGCGGGAAGCAGGACUGGAGACAAAACGGAGAAGAUGCAGCUGCUUGUUCUGUCCUUUGCCAUGUGGUUUGUGCUUCCUCUGUCCCAAACACAAGCUCGCGGCACAGGGGCAUGGAGAAGCCCGGCAGCCCCCCGUGCACAGGCCUGUCCCUACGUGUCCUGCUGGCUCCCAGGUGCGUCCCUCGGCCUCUCUCCAGGGGUCCAUGGUACAGCUGACGCCCCUGGAUGGGCCAUGGGGCAGGCCAGGCAGGGCUGGUGCCAAUCUGUCCGGGGGUGUCACCCUGACCCACAGCCCGUGUUCGGAAAUACAGACCUGCCCCACCUACCUGUAACCCGCCGGGCACGGGGGAUGCGCACGGAGAAAGAAGCUGAGCGUACCUGGCAAAUCGCGGCCUCUUCGCUGCGGCCGGCCGUGGCCUCUCCGGGCAGAUUCCCUGUGGUGACGGGCCGUCGAUAAUCCGACGACAGCGUCUCUCCCGUACGCCGUACGGCGUCGCACCUCCGCCCCCCAACACCCGUCCGUCCGUCUGUCCGUCCGUCCCGCCUCUAGCCCCCCAUCCCUCCACCCCCCGCUGGCUCUGCUCCCCCUUCCCUCUGCGCACACAGAGGUUUGCCAGCUGGGUGGGGAGGGGUCCC